UUUGUUAUUACUCGUAAUUACCGAAAGUCCACCUCAAUAAUUAGGCCCGUUUUGCUUUCCCUGUGUGAGCCAUCGCCGGUUCUUGUCUCUCGGUUCAUCAUCCUCACCUCUCUCUCUCAUGGAUUCAUCCAAGGAGGUUUCACUCGAGAUCUUCCCCUACAUCAGAGUCUACAAAGACGGCACCUUUGACCGCCUCACCGGCUUCGAGAUCGCCCCGCCUGGCCUCGACCCCGAGACCCGAGUUGAGUCCAAGGACGUCCUCAUCCUCCCCGACACCGGCAUCUCUGCCCGAAUCUACCGCCCCUCCUCCGCCUCCGCCUCCGCCGCCAAGAAACUCCCCCUCGUCAUCUACUUCCACGGCGGGGCCUUCAUCAUCGCCUCCAUCGCUGACCCCAAGUAUCACGCCAGCCUCAACGCCUUUGUCGCCGAGUCCGACAUCAUCGUCGUCUCGGUCGACUAUCGCCGAGUCCCCGAGUACCCUCUCCCUGCGGCCUAUGAUGACUCCUGGGCUGCUCUUCAGUGGAUCGCAUCCGGGGAAGCUCGGCGCGAGUCGUGGCUCAGGGACCAAGCUGACUUUGAUCGGCUCUUCCUCAUCGGGGACAGCGGCGGCGCCAACAUGUCGCACCACUUGGCCAUGCGACUCAGGGGUGACGUGCUUGGCGAGCGGGUCAAGCUCUCGGGGAUCGGGAUGAUACAACCAUACUUCUGGGGCGAGACACCGAUUGGAGCGGAGGUGGCGGACCCUGGUCGGAAGGCGUUGGUGGACAGCUGGUGGCGGUUCGUGUGUGCGUCAGACAAGGGGUGCGACGAUCCGCUGAUCAACCCGUUCGCCGAUGGGGCCCCCGGCGUGAACGGGCUGGCGUGCGAGAAGGUGCUGGUGAUCGUGAGCGAGAAGGACAUACUGAGGGACAGAGGGAGGCUGUAUUACGACAAGCUGGCAGAGAGCGGCGGGGCAGUGGCAGCGGAGAUCAUGGAGAUCGAAGGCGAGGAUCAUGUGUUCCAAAUCUUCGACCCGAGCUGCGAAAAGGCCAAGAGGCUGUUCAAACGCAUGGCCUCGUUCGUUAACAGUGAUGGCGAUGAUCACAACAAGGAGAGUGCGGAGUGACAGGUGCAUGAAACAA